CGACAAACCCUCUCAAUUCCUUGAAAAUUCGUUUUGAUUGCGAGGAGCGAUCCCUUGCCCUGCGCACAAGUUUCAUCCUCUCCUUCCCCACUUUACCCCUAAUUCUCUAAACUAAAAGUCUCUUCCUUUUUUUCUUCUCUUUAAUUACACCAAAACCAAUUAGGUUCCAGAAUUCAAAAAAAUCCAAAACUUUUAAUCAGAGACUCAAGGAGGUAUGGUGAAAUCAUCAUCGGACGGUGUUUCGUCUUCUUCUUCUUCAGUGGCGCCGUUCCUGAGGAAAUGCUACGAGAUGGUUGACGAUUCCUCAACCGAUUCAAUCAUCUCGUGGAGUAGUAAUGGAGAUAACAGCUUCGUUAUCUCUGACACGACCGUCUUCUCUACUCAGCUCUUGCCUAAAUACUUCAAACACAGCAAUCUCUCUAGCUUCAUCCGCCAGCUCAAUAUCUACGGUUUUAGAAAAGUUGAUGCGGAUCGUUAUGAGUUUGCAAAUGACUGGUUUGUGAGAGGUCAAAAGGAGUUGCUAAAGAAUGUUAUACGGAGGAAGAAUGUUCAGAGUGGUAGUGAGCAUCAGAGCAAAGCUACAGCUGAUCCUACUCAGGAAAAGUCUGAGAAGAGUGAACUGUGGAAAGAAGUUGAUAUCUUGAAAGGGGAUAAGAAGGCGUUGGCGCAGGAGCUUGUCAAAGUUAGGCAGUACCAGGAGAGCACUGACACUAAGAUGUUACACUUGGAAGACAGAGUUCAAGGGAUGGAAGAGAGUCAACAAGAGAUGCUCUCUUUUUUGGUGAUGGUUAUGCAGAAUCCAAGUUUGUUGGUUCAGUUGCUUCAGCCUAAGGAGAAUAGUUGGAGGAAGGCGGAAGGAGGAGGAGGAGCGAAGAUUGUGGAGGAAGUUACUGAUGAAGGAGAAACAAACUCGAAUGGUCUUCCUUUAGUAACAUACCAAAAGCCACAAUCAGAGGGGACAACAACAAAGUCAAGCUCGAAUGACAUAAAUGAUUUCUUGAGUAAUGCGGAUAUGUUGAAGUUCUGUUUGGAUGAGAAUCGUGUGCCGUUGAUCAUACCUGAUCUGUAUGAUGAUGGGGCUUGGGAGAAGCUUUUGUUGUUGAGCCCUUCAAAGAAGAAGAGGAAUAUGCAGGAGAAGAAAGGAAACGAUGAUGUAACAUUGGAGGAGGAGGAGGAUGAUGAUGGAAGAAUGGAACUAGACAAGAGUGUUGCGCUAGAGCUGAUAGAAGAAGAAAUGGAGAAAGCUGAUGACUAUGAUAUUGGACAGCUUACUCCAGAGAGGUCUAGGAAUCUUGAGAUUCUGACACAGCAUAUGAGGUUACUGGCUUCAGAUGAGCAGUAAAAAACGAUUGAGUGUUUGAAUAUCAUCAGCUUGGAAACUUUUGUUAUAUAGUGAAACAACAAAGUUCGGCUCUGGGUUAUUAUUUUCACCGGAGCUAUUCUUAUAGCAUCUUACUAAAAAAAAACAAAAAAAUGGAUCUUAGAAGUCUGCUGAGGUUAUACUUUUGUUAAGUAGCAUUUAGUAAACUGCAUUUUUAACCAACAUGUAUAAAAUAUGGAAUUAAAUGCAGUAACGACACUAGUACCAUUUGUUUGAAGUGUUCCUUCUCAGUUUUGAGUUUUGACUAGGGCUGGGCAAAAAAAACCGAACCCG